AUGUGCAGAAGUCUGCAAACACUUCUCCAUUCUCAUUCAUCAUUUCACCGAGUGCCUCUCCACCCAUCAUCAUCAUCAUCAUCAUCAUCAUCAUCAUCAUCAUCAUCAUCAUCAUCAUCAUCAUCAUCAUCAUCAUCAUCAUCAUCAUCAUCAUCAUCAUCAUCAUCAUCAUCAUCAUCAUCAUCAUCAUCAUCAUCAUCAUCAUCAUCAUCAUCAUCAUCAUCAUCAUCAUCAUCAUCAUCAUCAUCAUCAUCAUCAUCAUCAUCAUCAUCAUCAUCAUCAUCAUCAUCAUCAUCAUCAUCAUCAUCAUCAUCAUCAUCAUCAUCAUCAUCAUCAUCAUCAUCAUCAUCAUCAUCAUCAUCAUCAUCAUCAUCAUCAUCAUCAUCAUCAUCAUCAUCAUCAUCAUCAUCAUCAUCAUCAUCAUCAUCAUCAUCAUCAUCAUCAUCAUCAUCAUCAUCAUCAUCAUCAUCAUCAUCAUCAUCAUCAUCAUCAUCAUCAUCAUCAUCAUCAUCAUCAUCAUCAUCAUCAUCAUCAUCAUCAUCAUCAUCAUCAUCAUCAUCAUCAUCAUCAUCAUCAUCAUCAUCAUCAUCAUCAUCAUCAUCAUCAUCAUCAUCAUCAUCAUCAUCAUCAUCAUCAUCAUCAUCAUCAUCAUCAUCAUCAUCAUCAUCAUCAGUUCUCUUCCUGUGUUUGCCACUUCAAGUUCGGUAUUCAUGUCGCCCAUUGAGAUUUUGA